AUGAUGUGGGACCAAGAUGACAUACGUGCUCGAUUUUGCCAUGCUCUUUCCGAGAUGUACAAGAGUGAGGUUCCGCUAUACGGUGACCUCAUCGACGUGGUCUGGGAAGCAGAUGCAAAAGCCGUCCAAGACAGCCAACAAAACGGUGCAUCUCAAAUCCUAAACCCCGACGAUAUCCUGCCUUCUCGACACCGCGUCGAGCGACACGGGGCCAUUCGGUUGGGCACCGCACAUGAACUAGUUACAAUCCGCCGUAUGUUUGCCGUCAUGGGAAUGUACCCCGUAGGCUACUACGAUCUCAGUCUUGCCGGCUUCCCAAUGCACGCCACCGCUUUCCGUCCAAAUACUCAAGAAUCACUCGACAAGAACCCAUUCCGAGUAUUCACUACAGUCUUGCGGAUGGAACUGUUGACCGAGAAGACCCGAGAAUUGGCGCGGAAGGCGUUGGAACAACGCAACAUCUUCACCCCUCGGCUUCUUUCCUUACUAGAUAUUGCAGAGAGCCAGGGAAGUUUGACGCCUGAGCUGAGUGCAGAGUUUAUCGCCAAUGGUUUGAAGACAUUCCGAUGGCACUCGAAAGCUACCGUCACCCAAGAUGAAUAUGAACAGCUCAAGGCCGAACAUCCCCUGAUUGCCGACGUCGUCUCAUUUCCAAGCUCACAUAUCAACCAUCUCACACCGCGGACUAUUGACAUUGAUCUGGUUCAAAAGCUUAUGCUCGAUCAUGGAAUGCCCGCUAAAGAACGCAUUGAGGGGCCACCCAAACGAGUUUGUCCCAUCCUUUUGAGACAAACAAGUUUCAAGGCACUUGAGGAAGUUGUCUACUUCAAAGACCAUUUUGAUUCAUACGUCAAAGGGUCUCAUACGGCGCGCUUUGGUGAAGUAGAGCAACGCGGCUGUGCCUUAACUCGAAAGGGACGUCAACUUUACGAUCAAAUUCUAGAAAAGGUCAAUCUGAAAGCGACGGAACAAGGCUUAAAGGGAGAAGAAUACGAGAAACUGUUGAAACACAGCUUUCAAGAGUUCCCCGACAGCCUGCCGAUGCUUCAUGAUCUGGGCCUAGCCUAUUUCUUCUAUCGAUUGACGCCUCUUGGAGAGCAAUCUUCCAACCAGAACACAAACAAUUCGCCAGGCUCACAAUCAACUGUUUUGCUUCGGGACCUUGUGGCCCAAGGGUUCAUUUGUUAUGAGCCGUUGACUUAUGAAGAUUUCCUUCCCUUGUCUGCAGGCGGAAUAUUCAACUCAAACUUGGGGGAUGCAUCGCAGUCCAGCAAGUUGAUCAUGAACGCAGAUCCGGACCUCGACGGCUUUCAGCGACUCCUUGGGGCUUGUAUCACGGAUGAGUUCCACCUAUAUGGUGAGAUCCAGAGGCAAUCAUUGGAAGUAUGCAGACAGAAGCUGCAGCUAAAUACAAUUGCAUAA